ACGAAGACAUGACGUCACCGACUAUCGUUACGCCGCCAGAUUACGUGACGUAGCACGUCGCCGCGCAUGCGCAGCAGAGGCCCUGGGGGGGCUUCCUGAGACACCAACAGCGACGGCCAGCCACGUGUGUCGUGAUUCUUGGCGAGGGUGAGCGGGCGAGGGAGGUCAGGCUCACUCAGCACCCACCACCACCACCACCAUGGCCGUCAAGGGCCCCGGUGCGGCCGCAGCUGCCUCGCCGGUGCCCGGCGUCGGCGUCGGCGCCGAGCCUGGGGCCUACAACGAUGUGGACCUCGGCGGCACUUCGGCGACGCCGCUGGCGCCCGACCACCCCUACCAGCCCACCACGGUGCCGGACGUCAAGCGCCGGGGCGGCGGCGGUGCCGGCGGCGGUGCCGGCGGCCGCCACUCCGGGGCCUGCCCGGGGCCCCUCGGAUUCCUCCUCUCGCCGCCCGGCAUCCUGAAGCUGCUGCAGAUGCUUCUGUCGCUGGUGGCCUUCAUCUGCGUGGAGGCUGUGGGUGCCUGCUCACGCUGCUCCGCCGUCUACUUCUUUGAGUUUGUGAGCUGCACGGCGUUCCUCGGAGGCCUCACGCUCAUCACCGUGCUGGCCACCAGCCUCCAGCAACGAAUCAGCCUCAUCAAUUGGGUUCUCAUGGACCACAUCUUUACGCUGCUGUGCACGGUCUUCCUGUUCAUCGCGAGCGUCGUUCUUGCAGCUCUCAACGACGGUCUGGGGCCUGACAUCGCCGCUGUGGUGUUUGGCUUCCUGGCGUUCUUUGCGUGGGCGUGGGGGGCGGGGCUGGUGGCGUCGGCGUGGCGACGGGCGCCGCCCCCCUGGCGCGGCGGAGGGGGCGGGGCCUCCGGUGUGGGCGGGGCCUCGGGGCAGGAGUACCGGCGGACGCGGAGCGAGUCACGUGCCGGGGACAAGGGGCCUGACGACCCGCUCACCGUGUGACUCACCAACACACUCACCAACACGCUCACCAACUCACCAACACGCUCACCAACACACUCACCGUGUGACUCAA